AUGGCUGACGCGCCGAGUGCGGAUGAGCUCUACCCCAUCGCCGUGCUCAUAGAUGAACUCAAGCACGACGAUGUCCUCCUCCGACUGAAUGCUAUUCACCGUCUGUCGACGAUUGCGCUUGCGCUAGGUGCCGAGCGCACUCGGGAGGAACUCAUUCCGUUUCUUGAUGAGUCGGUCGAAGAUGAGGACGAAGUCCUCGUCGCUCUGAGCGAAGAACUCGGCAGCUUCAUCGAAUACGUCGGCGGCCCCCCCUUCGGCCAUGUCCUCCUCUCGCCCCUCGAGAACCUCGCUGCCAUCGAAGAGCCCGUCGUCCGUGACAAGGCUGUCGAAUCCCUGAACAAGAUCUGCAGCGACCUUUCCGCCCAACAGGUCGAGGAGUACUUUAUCCCGCUCACCAUCCGACUUUCCAAGGCCGAUUGGUUUACCUCCAAAGUCUCGGGCUGUGGUCUGUACACCACUCCUUACAGCAAGGUCUCCCCUCCCGUCCAGGAGCAACUUCGCCAACAGUUUGGCCUGCUGGUUCACGAUGAGACGCCAAUGGUUCGAAGACAAUCAGCCACGAAUCUAUCCAAGUUUGUCAAGGAGAUGCCCGCGGCCAUAGUUGUCGAAGAGAUGAUACCGCUUUUCCAACAUCUUGCGCAGGACGACCAGGACAGUGUGCGACUACUCACCGUAGAGAUCCUUAUUGCUAUUGCGGAAGUUGUUCCCAAGGAACAACAGGGUAGCCAUGGUGUAUUGCUCACCUCCUUACGAAACCUGAUCGAGGACAAGAGUUGGAGAGUCCGUUACAUGAUUGCCGAUAGAUUUGAGAAGAUCGCGAAGGCAGUGGACGAGGAGGUGGUUUCCCGAGAUCUAGUUCCGUCAUUCGUCAAGCUGUUGAAGGACAACGAAGCAGAAGUUCGGACCGCCAUUGCUGGCCAGAUACCCGGCUUCUGCAACCUGCUUGACCGGACUACGCUUCUGAAUGACAUCAUGAGUUCUAUCGAGGACUUGGUUUCUGAUCCAUCCCAGCACGUUCGCUCUGCUCUUGGCACGCAAAUCAGUGGCCUAGCACCCAUCCUGGGUAAACAAGAGACUAUCGACCAUCUUCUUCCCAUGUUCUUGCAGAUGCUAAAGGAUGAGUUCCCCGAAGUCCGCCUGCACAUCAUCUCGAAACUUGAACUUGUGAACCAAGUGUUAGUCAUCGGUAUCGACUUGCUCUCCCAAUCGCUUCUCCCUGCUAUCGUACAGCUGGCGGAGGACAAGCAAUGGAGAGUGAGGCUUGCUAUCAUCGAGUAUAUCCCACUCCUUGCGAGUCAGCUCGGCGUGAAGUUCUUUGAUGAGAAGCUGAGCGGACUUUGCAUGGGAUGGUUGGGGGACACCGUCUUCUCUAUCAGGGAGGCCGCAACCCACAACCUCAAGAAGCUUACGGAGGUAUUUGGUGUUGAGUGGGCUAGUGAGGCAAUUAUCCCCAAAGUCAUGGCUAUGGGCUCUCACCCGAAUUACUUGUACCGGAUGACGACUUGUUUCGCGAUCUCGACCCUGUCUACCGUUGUCAGCCUAGAUGUCAUUGGAAAAUCCAUCCUCCCCAUGCUGGACAAGCUGGUUGAGGAUGACAUCCCUAACAUCCGCUUCAACGUUGCAAAGACAUACGGAGAGCUUGUCGAUGUUCUGAAGCGACUCCCAGAGGAGGGCACAAUUUACAGCUUGGAGAAGGCUGGAAAGACAGAUACGACACCGUCACCUCAGGCGACCGAGCUGAUCCAGCAACGCGUUCUCCCGUGCCUAGAGAAGCUGCAGAAGGACGACGACGUAGAUGUGCGGUACUUCGCCACAACGUCUGCUGCGAAAUUUCCCGGAACGGGUGGUGGAGAGCCGAUGAACACGUCCCCGUAG